AUGUCUCGACAUCACCAUUUAGUAGAGAUGGAUAAAAUACCAAAAGCAGUUAAUCUUUCCAAUAAUUGUUCAAAGCAUCAACAUUUGCCUUUUGACUAUUUUUGUGACUAUCAUGAUGUAAUAUGUUGUAAAGGAUGUUUGCCAACAAAUCAUUCAGCAUGCAAGAACAUCAUAUCAAUUGAUAUUGCGUCAAAGAAUUCUAAACAAUCGCAGUCGUUCAUGGAUUCACAAGAACAGUCGCGCUCUAUCUUAGAAGCUUUGGAAAAACUAAUAAACAACCGCAAGGAAAACUGUAGUCGAUUAGAAGAAGAAGAAGAGAAUAUUCUGAAAGAAAUAGCAACAAUUAAGCAAAACGCUAACAGUCGUUUUGAAUCUUCAAAAGACACACUUCUAAAGCAAUUAUCCGAACUGAAAGGAAAAUACGAAGCAGGUAUAAAACGACAAGAGAAAGAUCUAGGUGAUUUGGUAACAUCUACAAAAGGUGUGAAGGAGGAAUUGGUAUUUGUUAGAGAUAACGGUUCUGACCAACAAGCAUUUGUUUCAAUCCAUUCAUCCAAACCAGUCUUAGAUGAGAUGGAAUACAAAGUUGAGCAGCUAAUCGAAUCAUUUGAAGACGUUUGUCUAGUGUUCGUCGAAAACAUAUCGAAGGGAAAAAAUACAGAUAUCGGAUCAAUCGAAAUGAAGGAAACACCCCUUUCUUUUUCAUUCAUUCCAUAUAAGCAGCGACAGGCACAGGUACCAGUCAUUGGGAGACGUCAGAUUUCAUCCUUUACCCAUCUCUAUGACAUUGACAUGAAAAGAGAAAAGUUGGAUGGAGUCACCGGUAUCACGAUAUCAGAUAAUAACACAUUGAUUUUCUGUGAUUUGAAUACGAGAAAGAUUUAUUUUUGUGACGAAUACGAUAUUUAUCAAUCAUCUAUCAAGUCUUCAUAUGAACCAUGGGAUGUAGCUGCAAUACCAGGAACAGAUAUGGCUGUUAUAUCUGGUAGAAAAAAUCCUUACAUACAGUUUCUAGAUAUUGAAAGACGUAUGAUAACCAAGAAGGUGAAAUUGGACCAGAGCGGAAGUGGCGGUAUUACCGUAACAAAAGAUAACAUAUACAUAACAAUAACACAUAAGAUACAGGUUCUAGACUUGAAUGGAAAACUGAAAAGAACAAUAAGUCUUAAACAAGAACAGAAUAUAAAUUGGUAUAUAUCUGUUUGCCCAAAUGGGAACAUUUGUUAUUCUAAUGAAAACGCAGUUCAUUGCAUUACAACAGAUGGGUGCCCAAUGUUUUCAUAUGCUUCAUCUGAUAUUCGUUAUGCCAGAAAUACGAUAACAGAUGAUGUAGGUAAUAUAUACGUCUUGGAUUACUAUUCACGUAACAUACACAAAAUUUCGUCUACCGGAACUUUAGUUGACAAGAUUUUCAAUGAUCGUUUGUCCGGACCUCUUGUGUUUUGUUUUAGUAAGGACUUGUCCAAACUUUACAUUGCUAAUGGAUUUGGAACCAAAAUAUCAGUAUUCACAACAAGUUAG